AUGUAUUGUAAACAUUUGUGUGAAACUGCAAGGGACGCUUUGCCGUUAAAUGACCGGUUGGCCACGGCCACUGAAGCGUCCGAGGAAUUAGAGCAGAUUAAAAACAUACUAAUAGAAGAAAAGCAACAUGUGAUAGCCAAAUGUCAACAAUAUUACGAAGAAAUAAGGCUUUUAGCAGUAACCGAAAAUAGCCCUCUAACAAGGGCCAGAAAUAAAAAAUUAAGAUUGUGUUUGUCCAAAUGUCAAGAUUUAAAAAUUUUUAUAGAAGAUCUGGAAAGUGGUCCUGAGACUGCAGAGGACGCUUUGCCGUCUACGGCAGAAAUGGAAUUAGAGCGGUUACAUAAAGAAAUUAAAGAUAAAAAGAGAAAUUUACAAAGGACAAUUGAAGCGGACAGACAACAAUUAUAUGGCAACCAUGGCGUGAACAAAAAAAGGAUAAAUAGGAGUAUUUCAAGAAACCUCGUUAUCAGAUCAUUUUUAGUUCAUCUUAAAGAUCGUAUCCAGAAACGAAGUGUUAAUAUCAGAGAGCCACGGCCAGGACUAUUCGAGUGUUAGGCCCAUUUACAUAACAUAUUGGACAUCAACAUCAACCAUCAUCAUGAACGACACAUGACCAGACUAGGCCCGCAACAGUAGUGAUCCUGGU